AGUUUAGGGGUCCUUGACAUGAAGAAGUUUGAGAAGCACUGAUGUAUGCAGUCUAGACUUCUGUUUCUGCCCGAGCAUCUUUAACAGAAAUGUAAUUCACAGUCCAGUCCACCAGGUGGCGACACGACACAUUUCAGAUAUUGUACACUUGUCCAACGCGGCAGAGCUAACAGGCAGCUGGCAGGAUGGCCACCGCUACGCUUCAGUCAUUCAACGUCUUUCUGACGGACAGAUUAACCGCAGCUGCUGUAGACAUCUAUGGAUUCGUUGAAAGGACAAUACUAGACUACCAGGAGGAGGUGAACAGAGCGAAGCUGGAGAACCAGAGGCUGCAGCGGCUGCUGGAUUUGGUCUACAGGCCAGAGAUAAGACUGCACAGGGCAGAUGCCAAGCAACCAACUGCGCCUCCACCCACAGAAGAGAGUCCCCAUAAAGAGCAGGAAUGGAGCCCAAAUGUGGACCAAGAUGAGCCGGGACCCUCCCAGAUAAAAGAGGAGCAGGAGGAGCAUAAGGAGGAGCUGUGGAUCAACGGGAGUGAGGAGCAACCUUCAGCAGAGGACAGCGAUGACGGGGACGCCCUGACGAAAGAACUCAUCAAGACAGUACAGCAGUUAGAAGACUGUAGAGCAGCAGAGGAGAGCCAAGAGGCAAAGGAAUCCCCUGAGGAGGAUCCAAAGCAGUCUGAAGAGAAGACCAGCACCACCCUAUAUCGCUGCCACAUAUGCAACUACAUAUUCACCAAAAAAACUGUGCUUACAUGGCACCUCAAGACGCAUGAAAGCAAGUCGCUUGACAACAAGGCAAACUUUGACUGUCACAUAUGUGGCAAACAUAUACCCUGUCAGAGCAAUCUGCAGAACCACAUGAGAGUACAUACAGGAGAGAGACCUUACAGCUGCCACUUCUGCGGCAAGUGUUUUAAACUGAAAGGACAUAUGACGGAACAUAUAAGAACUCACACAGGAGAGAAGCCUUUCAGCUGCCACAUCUGCGACAAAUCAUUCAACAGAGGAUCCACGCUGAGGAAACAUGUUUUAGCCAAACAUAAAGAGGAAAGGCCGUACAAAUGUGGGGAUUGUGAUGAGUUAUUUACUGAAAGGCUGCUGAUGAAGAGGCACAUGCGAAAAGUUCACGGCGUCAAACUGUCCACAAGUCAAAGUCCGGCCUAAAAGAGCUUUGGAACAGACGUCAUUAAUGAAGCAUGUUGCAUAUAGUCUGAGUAGAGAAUACGUAUCUUUUGAAAUGUUUCAAUGCUAGUUUCAGCGACAAAUCAAUAACCUUUAUUGAAACCUUGCUUUUAGUGUUUUAAUCAAACAAACAUAUCAAAUGUUAAUGUCGUCUAAACAAAUGGCAGAACUUUGCUUAAAUAAAAUACUGUCUAAAAUUGGCAUGUUUGUCAUUUAAAGGAAAAGUUUGAUAUUGCAGGAAAUAUGCUUAUUCGCUCUUGCUGAGAGUUAGAUGAGACGAUUGAUACUGAUUGGGCUUUAAGUAUGGACCGGAGCCAGGAGGUGAUUAGCUUAGCUUAGCAUAAAGACUGGAAGUGACUGACAGCUAGUCUCACUCUGUUUAAAGUUAAAAAAUAUGCGUAUGAACACCUCUAAAGCUCACUAAUUAAAAUGGUGUACCUUGUUUGUUUAAUCCCUACAUAAAUGUUAAAAAAAAUCACAAAUUGUGGUUUUAUGGGGAAUGACGUGUUGUAACUCUUUCUUGGGUGAACUAUAGCCGCACACAGUCACUUUCUGGAGUCAUCUCAAAGAAUAAACUGCUUGUCAAGAUAAUGGAAACAACAGUACAAUAGUUAAUUAGUGAGCUUUAGAGGUGCUGAUAGUGUUUUUUUUUUAACUUUGGAGAUAACAAGGCUAGCUGUUUCCCCCUGCUACCCGUCUUUAUGCUAACCUAGGCUAAUUGCUUCUUGGCUGUAGCUCCAUAUUUAACACACAGAAUAGAGAGUGAUAUCAAUAUUCUCAUCUAACUCUCGACAAGAAAGCCAAUAAACGUGUUUCCCAAAUGUCAAACUAUUUCUUUAAAUCAGGAAUUAUCUGACUGAAGAAUAAGAAAAUAAAUUACUCUGACCAGACAAUCUGACUUUCAGGCCUCAUGGAGACUCGGUAAAUAAAACAUACAAAAAAAUUUGAAAAAAACAAUUGAUUACUAGCUCUUCUCUACAAACAUAGAAGUCACACAGUCAUGUGACUCUCUGUGCUACACAGUGCUGUAGGAACAGUUGCAGGCUGGAAGAGUCUUCACUCCAGAUGUGCUGGGUUUUUAGAUUAUGUACUGUAACUACCAUUUCCUCUGUGUUUAUAACAUCUGGUGGCCAUAAAUAUGAACCAUCAGAAUUUUACUGUGCAGCAUAAAAAACACUAGUUUAUAAAGCUAAAACACAUGUUUACAGUAUGUUCAUUUGGUAACCAUCAAUCUUAGAGGUUCAAUCUGAUUUUAAACAGAACCAUAAUAACAUACAUCAGUGGUACAUAUUUGACAACCAGUGACUCCUAUAUGCACUGUAAAAUUGUUUUAUAUAUUUAUAUAUAAAUUGUAUGUUGUAUUUUUUUCUUUUGCAUAGUUCAGUCAUAUUAUGGUGUUGUAAAUCAGUUAUGUGGACCUCAAUAUAAAGAAGAAAUUAUUGGCAAAAAUGCAUCACUGUCG